CGCUCUCAGCCAAUAGAAAAGUUCACCCUGAACGGGACGCUCCGGCGGGUGGGCUUGUUUCUGGGGGCGAUGCGGUUCGGGUUCAUGCUUUCCAUGGAGACAGACUACUGAUUUCUCCUUUUUUGUUGUUGUUUUUUCUUCCCAGUCCUUCUGUCUCGAAGCCCACUCCAGUUCAUGCCCUGUCCAUCCUCCUCCUUCUCUCCUUCUUCCUUGCCCCCCGUCUUUCCAUCCAUUUAAUUUACUCGGUUGCACAGACUCUCCUUGCUGACCAUCAUGGCUUCCACACCUUUAUUACUGCUGGGCCUCUUCUCCUCUGUGUCCGUCACAUUGGCGGUCUUAUUUGGUGAACCCAGAAUAUAUGGAGAGGACGCCACAGGUUAUGGUCCCAUUUUUGAAGAAGAGCCUAUGGAUGUGGUCUACACCGAUGACUCACCCGAUAAGAGGAUCUCCAUGAACUGCAGGGCCCGCGCAAAUCCUCCAGCUACGUACAGGUGGCGCCGGGAUAACUGGGAGAUCAAGCUGAUGGAACAACCCGAUGAACACUACAGCCUGGUUGGAGGAAACCUGGUUAUCACGAACCCGAUCCAGAAGAAACACGCUGGGACGUACACGUGUGUGGCCCGUAAUAUCUACGGCACCGUUCUCAGCAAGGAGGCCCGAAUCAAGUUUGGAUAUAUUGAGGAGUUUCCUGAUGAAGAGAGGGAACCAGUGUAUGUCAAAGAAGGCCAGGGAGCAGUUCUGCUGUGUGUCCCACCAAAAGCCUGGCCACAAGAAGUAAGCUAUCGCUGGAUCUUCAACGAGUUCCCAGUAUUCCUGCCCACAGACCGCCGUCGGUUCGUCUCCCAGAAGACAGGGAACUUGUACAUCGCAAAGGUUGAAGCUCAGGAUGCUGGAAACUACUCCUGCUUCGUCUCCAGUCCUAUCAUAGGAAAGAGCGUCUACUCCAAGUUCAUCCCUCUCAUCCCUUUACCUCCAGAAGACGGUGAGGAGAGAAAAUACCCAGCUGACAUUAGGGUGAAGUUUCCAGUCACUACUGCAAUGCUGGCCUCCAAUAUUACGUUGGAGUGCUUUGCUCUUGGAAAUCCCAUCCCACAUAUUGUGUGGAGGAAGGUGGACGCCACUGACCUCCCUGCAAACCAUGAGAUCAGUGAAUCAGGCGCUGCGCUUCAUCUGUACAAUGUUCAAUAUGAGGACGCUGGAUCAUACGAAUGCGAAGCCAUCAACACCAAAGGAAAGGACUGGCAUAAAAACUGGCUUUAUGUGGAGUCUGCACCUGAAUGGGCAGAAACAAUCAACAACACUCAAGUGGACAUUGGAUCAGAACACACAAUGCGCUGCGUGGCUUCAGGAAAACCUUUCCCUUUCAUCCGUUGGUACAAGGAUGGAUAUAUGUAUGGCAAAGGCGAGCUGAAGUUUUCCAGUCUAACUUUUGAUGACUCUGGGAUGUACCAGUGCAUUGCUGAGAAUUACCGGGGCAUCAAAUAUGCCAACGCUGAGCUGCGAGUUGUUGCCUGGGCUCCAACUUUCGAGCUCAACCCAGUGAAGAAGUAUCUUCUUGGAGCUAGAGACAGACGCGUGGUAAUAGAGUGUAAGCCAAGAGCCGCUCCGAAACCUCGAUUCACCUGGACAAAGGGCAAAGAGCUCCUCUUCAACAGUUCACGUGUUUCUGUCAUGUUCGAUGGGAGCCUGGAGAUCCGCAACGCCACCAAAAAUGACGAAGGCCUUUACACUUGCUUCGCUGAGAAUGACAGAGGCAAGGCCGACAGUUCAGGAUAUCUUACCAUCACAGAGGCAACAAGUAUAACUGUAGCACCUGAAGACUCCGAAGUUAGAGUUGGAGACGAGGUGAUUCUUCACUGUGCUGCUUCAUACGACCCCAUGCUGGACAUCACUUUCAUCUGGGCCAUUGACUUCAGAGUCAUUGACUUCAAUGCUGAGUGGCCACACUAUGAGCGGGUAAUGAGUGAAGAUGGAGUCGGUGACUUGAGGAUAAAAAAUGCACAGAUUUGGCAUGAAGGUCGCUACACUUGCACCGCUCAAACCGUGGUGGAUGACGACACCGCUUACGCUGACCUGAAAGUCGUAGGUGUUCCCGGGCCUCCUGGUGUGCUCCGGAUCGAGGAGAUUGGCGACACCUGGGUGAAACUUUUGUGGUCCAAACCAGCUGAGCACAACAGCCCCAUCCUGUACUACACUGUCCAGACCAGACACUUCUGGGCUUUGAAUGAAGACGACUGGAGGAAUGCCAGCACAUCUCCAAGCUUUCUCGAUGGGACUCUAGAGAAAGCAGACGUCACAGACUUAUACCCUUGGAUGGAGUACCAGUUUAGGAUCAUCGCCACCAAUGAGUAUGGAUCCGGGGAGGCCAGUAUACCUUCCCUUAAGAUCAAAACAUGGGAUGCCCCUCCAGUCGUUUCUCCCACAGACAUCGCAGGAUAUGGAGGUAGAAAUGGCGAGAUUGUCAUCACGUGGAACCCUGUUCAGCCCUGGUAUUUCUAUGGCAAGAAAUUUGGGUACAUUGUUGCGUUAAAGCCUCACAAUGCCUACGACUGGUUUUACGAAACCAUCUCGGACCCUGAGACGAGACGACACGUUCACAGAGACUCCUACUUCAUUCCGACCGACGAGGACUUCCUGGUGCGAGAGUUCCAGGUGAAGAUAAAGUCAUUUAAUGUUAAAGGAGAUGGACCGUACAGCCUCACCAAGGUCAUCUAUUAUCCAAGAGAUGUUCCAAUAGAACCUCCCACAGAUGUCUAUGCCAGGCCCGUGUCUUCCACUGAAGCUGUGGUUUGGUGGCUGCCUAUAGUUGAUACUGGAACCGGCCUGCAGCAGUACAUUGAGGGAUACCAGAUCAAAUACUGGAGAAAGUAUGACGAUCCAGAGCCUGGGGCAAAUCGCAUAUUCGUUCCAGCUACAGUCAAUCAGACCCGGCUGGAGAACAUGCUGCCAGAUUCGCACUACCUCAUUGAGGUCCGGGCGUUCAACGGAGCAGGUCUUGGACCGCCCGGUGAACACUGUGAGAUGUUCACAAAGAGGCCACCUCCCUCUGAGCCUCCCAGAAUGUGGCGCUACGUCACCUGGACCGGACAAUGGCUGUACGUGUGGUGGGAUCAUAUCCAGUAUGACUGGUUUGGAAAUGUUUCUUUCCCCCUGUACUACAAGGUCAUGUUUAGAAAGACAGGGUACAUCUACGGGAAGGUCUACAUCACUGGCUGGCACUUUAUGGACUUCCCAAUGCCUCAGCUUGGAGACUAUGAACUGAUGGUUCGUGGUCGCUAUGAAGGGGGAGAUGGCCCAGUCAGGAUGAUAAGUAUUAAGGGUAAAGCAUCUCUGACCACACCCACAAUCAGUUUCUUAUCCUUGUUGCUGCUGGCGCUGUGUAUUACAGGUUUGUAAAUUUAAGUGUGAAGCAAAUAUAUUGUAUAUAAUGGACUUUGGAAGGAAAAUAAUAGGACCUAGCAGAUGAUUGAGUUGUCAUGAGAAAUCUUUACAUGGUAGUUCAGUAAUUAGUAUCUGUUUUUACAGUAUUUGUGACAAUACACUGAAGAUUUUUGAUUUCCAAAAUUAAAAUGGAUUAUCAGCACUUAUUCUGGACCAUGUACUGUACAAAAACAACAGUAUAAUAUCUAAAUGGAAAAGUGAGAAUUUUAGCUGGAUUUUUUUGGAAACACAAUAUCAAAAGUGUUUAAAACACAGAGACGCUUUUCAUGAUAAAUAAAGACAAAUGACAACUCCUGGAGCCUAUAUUUAAAACACUAUUUAGAUUGAAAUAAAUGUAUAGAAAGACCACUAUGCUGCACAAAAAAUACUUGUUCUUGUGAUCCUUUUACUUAGUUUAUUGUGGGUGUUUUUUUUUGUUGAAAAUGUUGAAACGGAGCUUGCACUCAAAACAUUACGAACCAUAUUUUUCUAAUCAAGUACUGUACUGAAUAUGGAAAAGUUUUAGGAGCUUCACAUUAGCUAAUAUGAGCUAACGUGAGCUUUUCUGUGUGGCUUUCACUGGCGUAAAAGCCCCACAUACACAGGGAAGACAUGCAAACAGCACACAGUUUUACCAACUUAGAGACGUUUUCUCUGUGCUUAACAAGUUUUCAGACAGCUCCAACGAAAAAAAAUGCAACAAAUCUAUCAAUGUUUUCCUUUAAGACUAUUGAGUCAAAUCACUUUAAUUUUACUUUUACGAACAACCUGUGGUUUCUACGGUGCCCACUUCCAAACCAUUCACUGGCGGACUAGUUCUCAUGGAACAGUCCCUCUCAGCUGCAGUCAGAGCCAAGCUCCUUGUCUAAAUGAAUAUUAUUUUCUAGUAACAACCAAUAACUGCUUCUCUUACUGAGGAGUUGGCAUUGGAGUAGCAACUGUAGUGAGCAAUAGCUUGUACUUAUAUCUCCUUAGAAUUUUAAGGGUCAGCGUUAUCUUAGGUAGACAGACUUAUUCUCUACUGUGAACUAAAGCUAUUUGACCAACCCACUGACAUUAACAUUAUUAUACAGCAUCAUUUUCAACUUUUUCAUUUCUGAUUCACUGAGGUCUGAUCAGGUCUUUGUAGAGUUCAAAAUGGUGGACUGAGAAGAAUAACAAGCUUCCCUCUCUCUGCAGCCCAACCUUUGGGUCACAAUAUUUGACAAAGUGUUUAACACUUUCUGUCCAAACAGCAUAAACCCAGCAGUUUUUUGUACAUAUUACAACAUUAAAGCCAUGUAUAGGGAGUUUGACUGAUGUAUAGCUAUAUAUGUAUUGUAAUGCCACUUUCCUUUAUGUAAAGCUGGAAAACUAUUAAACAGAUUUCAACAGUCUUGAUGUUAUUUUAUGAUAUUCUGUGCUCACCUCAAGAUGUCAGGUUUGAGGUUCAGCACAUUAGAAUUGACUGAAAAUGUAAAAACCAAAUAUGUUUGGUAAAAAUAAGACUCAAUUAAAAUAAAUGUGGAGUCUCAGAAAACAAAUUUCAAUGCAAUAUUUGCAAUCUCACCCACAGACCAUGAAAUAGGUAUUUACUGGUGUAAGACUUUAGUUGUAUAAAAACAAACAAGAAAGCCCAAUAAAACUCUCCAA